UUAUAUUUUAUUAUCACAAUCUAAGAAUAUGUGAAAUAUUCAAGAUUAGUACAAGUUGAAAUUGGUACUUUAAACUCACAAAUGAAAAAAAGUAAAUAAUCAAAUAAAAAGUCGAUCAAAAUUCAAUGCAAUAGCAGCAAUUAUUUUUUGCAAAUAUCUCGAAAAUUGUGGACGAUCAAAAAUUCAAAAGGAUUAUUACACAUCGAUAAGUUGAUCAAAUUUAUCAUUCUUCACAAACAUUCCUACCUGUUGCAUCACACUUGAAGUAUCAGGAACCAAAAGUUCGAUUCAUUUCGUGUCGAUUUGAAAGAAGGUCUCAGAAAAUCAGCUUAUUCUGCUAUAUAUGAUCGUUGCACUAACAUUUCAAAGGAUUGGAUAUAUUGGAACGUAAGUUGCUUCAAUAUAUAAUAAUCAAUAAAUAAUAUAAUUUUUUGUACUUUCUUCAAGCAAUUAAGAAAAUGCAAUUAAUUAUUACGAUUCUGUGCACUAUUAUUUUUCACAUAGACUCUAAUCUUGAUAUUAAGUCUUUAAUCAACCGAGUCAACAAUUUUUGACGAAAUAUCUUAUGCCUUUAAAAUUUUACGAUUAUCUCUUUUCUAUUGCACAUUUUAUUUAUUAUACACAUAGACACUCGCAAUUGAUAUUUCCAAACCCUAAAAAAAAAAGUUCUCUCUACUAUUUCAACGUUUUGCACACUAUACCAACUCAUAAAUAUCGUGAGAGUAAGCUCUUGAUUGAAUGUGUAUGUAACUACAUUUUCCACUACAUCACCUUUAUGAAUACCAGUCUUAUUACUUGAUAAUUGUUCUAUCCAUUUUUCAAAUACUGCAAGACGUGGCAAUAUGCAAUCAAUAAUUACAUAAUAUCUACAGUUAUUUAAUAAGUAAGAUAAUUACUACAUUGCAACUUACUAAUCGAUCCAUUAUUGUAACUUAAUUGUUAUCCUUGUAUAUGAUUUAUGAAAUUUCUUUUACCUAAAAGUCAAUUAAAUACAGAUAACGUAGACGCAAAUAUUCAGUUGUUUUCGAAGCAACCGAAUCCGAAUAGUAAUAUCGAAAUCAAUAAUCCUCGUAUUUCGUUCUAUUGCAUCGGUUAUACUUUAUUUCGAUUCAUUAGGUGAUUUAUAAUUUGUCGAAACAUGACAAAACAAGUGACACCGGAGAAAGCUAUCCAGAUUAUUUGGCUCAGCGUAGCUUCAACUUUUUGCUGGCCACUUUCUAUCAAUAGUAGCAAGACUCAAGUGUUUGUUUUCAGAGUUUUACAGAUAACCAGCAUAAUUAAUGCUUGUAUGCUGCUUCUGCCGUUGUUAUAUUCCGCCUAUCUGCAUUUUGAUGAUAUUAUUACUGUCUCUAAAUGCGCUGGAUUGGCGAUAGCUUUGACUCAAAUCAUUGUUCAAACUUCUAUAUGCUUCGUUAAAUACGACGUUUUACAACAUGUAAUCGAAGAAAUGAUAACUUAUGUGAAAGAAGCACAACAAUACGAAAGGAAAAUUAUUUGCAAGUACAUCAAGAAGUGUCAUAUAUUUUACGGAUGUUCUAUAGUAUGUGUAUAUCUGACUGCAAUUGCUUUCAUAAUAGGACCUGUAUUCUUGUCCACUUCCUUCCCAGCAGAUGCAGAAUAUCCGUUUCAAAUUAAUUAUACGCCAGUGAAAGUAAUCAUAUAUUUGCAACAGAGUUUAGUUGCCUUUCAAUGCACUGGCCAUGUAUGCAUAAGCAUAUUUGGCGCGCUUUUACUUUGGAUCACGGCCGCGAGAUUCGAAUGUUUGGCCGUGGAAUUGCAAAAAAUUACAAAUAUUAGUAUGCUGAUUGCUUGCGUUAAGAAGCAAUUACAUAUAAGAAGAUACGCAAAAAGAGUGGUGAAUAGUUUACGCUUUAUGAUAGUUUAUACUAUAGGAAUAAGCAUAGUUAUUCUGGUUCUAGAUGGUAUUAUAAUGAUAAUGAAGGCAUCGUUAAUUGUGAAAAUACAGUUCAUAGGUAUAAGUUUGACCGCACUUGUAGAAAUUUAUAUAUACACAUGGCCUGCUGAUCAUAUGAAAGACAUGAGUAUAGACGUUUCACAAAGUGCCUACAACGUAACAUGGUAUAAACAAACAUUGAAAAUGCAGAAGAAUCUGUUAAACGUGUUGGUAUAUCAGCAGCCAAUAAUCCUUUCUGUUAAUUGUAUAUUGUCAGAACUUUCGUUACGUUAUUAUUGCUCGUAUCUGUCCAAUGUUUUCUCUAUCUUCACAACUAUACGUGUCAUGGUAGAAGAUGAUCCAUGAUAAAUUUAAUAUUGUUUUAUUAUAUAAUUA